AACACAGUGCUUGGACAGUGCUGAAGGCAUUUCCAUUGAGUGAGAGAAUAUACAAAUCCCAUCGCCAAAUUCUAAGCAAAGGAUUUGUUUGUACAGUACCAAAGUACAGUACAGUAUCUAAAAAGAAAAUAAAAAAAAUUAAUUAGAUACCAAAAUGCCGCCACGCUCCACAACCGUUACCAGUGGUCAUGAGCCUUUGGAUACCACUGAGUUGCCAGGAUCCAAGCAAACUGGUGUACUUUUCGAAGCCGAUGCCGAAACAGUCGAUGGUGCUUUGGCUGUUGAUAUCCAACAAUUCAAGAAGGCUGAAAAAAGGAAAUUAGACUUGGUGUGGCGCAACAUCAUACUCUUUGGCUAUUUACAUUUAGCCGCCCUGUAUGGUGGUUAUUUGUUCUUUGCCAAAGCCAAAUGGGCCACCGUUUUCUUCUCCGUUCUAUUAUAUUCUAUUGGUGUUUUGGGCAUUACAGCAGGAGCCCAUCGUUUAUGGGCCCAUCGUUCCUACAAAGCUAAAUGGCCUUUACGUUUAAUUCUAAUUGUUUUCAAUACAAUUGCCUUCCAAGAUGCCGCCUAUCAUUGGGCACGUGAUCAUCGCGUGCAUCAUAAAUUCUCCGAAACUGAUGCCGAUCCCCAUAAUGCCACUCGAGGAUUUUUCUUCUCACACAUUGGCUGGCUGCUGUGCAAAAAGCAUCCCGAUGUGGUGGCCAAGGGUAAGGGUUUGGAUUUGUCGGAUUUGCGUGCCGAUCCCAUUGUUAUGUUCCAAAAGAAACACUACAUGCUGUUGAUGCCUUUGGCCUGCUUCAUUAUGCCCACUGUCGUACCCAUGUACUUCUGGAAUGAAAGUUUCCUUAAUGCCUGGUUUGUUGCCACCAUGUUCCGUUGGUGUUUCCUCCUCAAUGUUACCUGGUGUGUAAACAGUGCUGCGCACAAAUUCGGUGGACGUCCCUAUGACAAGAAUAUCAAUCCUUCUCAAAACUCCAUGGUAGCUGCUUUUGCCUUUGGCGAAGGAUGGCACAACUAUCAUCAUGUCUUCCCCUGGGACUACAAGACCGCCGAAUGGGGUAAUUAUUCCAUGAACUUGACCACCGCCUUCAUUGAUUUCUUUGCAAAAAUCGGCUGGGCUUACGACUUGAAAUCUGUGGCCCCCGAAACAAUUGAAAAGCGUGUUAUGCGUACCGGUGAUGGUACCCAUGCCACAUGGGGCUAUGGCGACAAAGAUCUUACCCCCGAAGAUGAGCAGAGCAUGGUCACCAUCAACAAGAAAACUCUUUAAGGCAAUCAUAAGGACUUUAGGAAAUAAUAACAAAAAGACAAGGCUAAUCUGCAUAUGAAAUUCUAUUUCAUAGGCACUAUAUAUUGUAUUUAUUAACAAUUAGAUUUUGUAUUACCCCCUAAGCUAUAUAUCUACUAUAUAUAUAUUUUUAUAACGAACGAAAAAAAAAACUAGAAAAGAAAGACCCUACACAUCAAAAAAGGGCAUGUGAUUUCAGUUGUAUAUUACAUAUGACUUAGACAAACAAAACCAAAACACCAACAAAUAAAAAGAAACUCGCAAUAAAAACCUCAAUAGAAA